ACAAAGUUCUUCUUCUUCUUCGUUUCCCUCUAACAAACUUUCUCCUAAUAGUUUCAUCGACGAACAAGGCUGCUCUGCUCCGACGGUUCUUCUUCUUCGAUUUCAAUAAACGGGAAGAGACUAGGGCUUGGACCAAGCUGCUUGAUCAAGCACGAGUCAAGAAGGUUCUUCUGUUGGUUUCAUCUUGUGUCUGCCAUGGAUUCAAAUAAGAAGAGAGAGAAGUCUGCGAUUACUGAUAUACCAACUGACUUGGUGCCUCAGAUUCUGUCCUGGUUGCCAACCAAAACAGCAGUAACAGUGUCAUAUCUUUUGCUAAGAGGAGAGUGGAGAAUCAAGCUCAAUUGUUUGUCAAAGCUCAGAUUCUGUUAUGAUAAUGAAGAAGAGGAAGAAAAAUUUGAAAGAUUUGUUAAUCAAGUCUUGGGGCUGAGAGGAGCAAACUGUGAGCUAGAUAGUUUCUACCUGAAGAUUAAUGGUGAGAUUGAUGGAAGUGAUGUGUCCUCUUGGGUUGACUACUCGCUAAAUAAUGGGGUGCAGAAGAUGAAUCUUGGGAUAUAUGAUAUAAAAGACGAUUUUGAGCUGAACCCGAGAGUUUUCGUGCAAAAGAGUCUGGUCACUUUGAAGUUGGCCUCUUACCGAAACUUGAUUAGCCUCUCUGGAGAUGACGUAGCCGAAGUUGAUCUUCCUUGUUUGAAGAAACUUUGGCUUGAUGAUAUCAUUAUUGAAGACAAUGAGAUGUUUGUUAGGUUAAUCUCGAGUUGUCCAGUCCUUGAAGAGUUAGUCAUGAUUGAUAUGAAGUGGCAACGAUGGAAUGCCUGUCUUGUGGCAAGCGCAAGUCUGAAGAGACUGAAGAUCAUCUGGAAUAAUGAUGUAGAGAUGGACGAUUUUGAAAGAUGCCCCCAAAGUGUGUCAUUUGACACUCCGAAACUGUUAUACCUUGAGUAUACUGAUCACGUUGCUGGGCAAUAUCCAGUAUUGAAUCUUGGUUCACUUAUUGAAGCCAGGAUCAUAAUUGAAACCAUAGAUGAAAAGGAGGAAGAUGAUGAUGAGGAGGAAGAUGAUGAUGAGGAGGAAGAAGUGAUUGUGAAUGCUGGUGAUGAUGCCACAACUUUUAUCACGGGGAUAACAAGUGUUCGGAAACUUUAUUUGUCUGAUAACACUGUUCAGGUUCUUCAUCACCUAGUCCAUGAAUUUGUAAACUUGACUCACUUGACCAUUCAAAAUUGCAAAACACUAAGCUGGGACGUGAUACCCGAGCUUCUCAAAUGCUGUACACGUCUGGAAACCCUUGUAUUGGAGGGACUUUUCCACUUAGUCACAGAUAAGUGUGGUGAUGUGUGUCCCUGCCAGAUGAGGGAUGAGUCUUACCUUGUAACAUCUCCUGUAACUUUUCUGGAGAUAUAUGAAAUAGGAGAAGUUAUCGAAGAUGAAGCAAGAUUUGUUGAGCAAGUGAGUUUCUUUCUGAUGAGAAUGCCAGGACUCCAACAAGUGAAGAUAUAUGGCAAAACCGAAGAUAGUGUUACUGCUCUGAAUGGCAGUCAACUUUGGAGACUUGAAGGCAAAGCAUCCCCUACGGUUCAGUAACCAUAGCUUAAAACAUAUACUUAUGUUUUUGGUAUUUUCUGAUCUGAAACCGUCUUUUUCGCUCUCUCUCCCUCUCUUUUGACGCGUAUUGUAGGAGUAAUUCUGGACCAAGUUGAAAAAGUCUUUUGUAUGCUCUAUUACAUGUUUGUGUGAUUCAGUACUUGUCAAUUUAUGGCUGUAGACGUGUCU